AUGCUGCGCUCAUUAUUAGGUCAGAGCAGGGCCACCGUGCUGCGCCAGACCCUGUCUAACCGGUUGCCACGAUCUACCAUUGCCCUGAACACAUGCAACCGAAGUGCUUCCACUGUGACUAGUCUCGACAACUUUCCCAAGGUUGGUGACAAAUUGCAUGGGUUUACCAUUCAGGAGAAGAAGCAUGUCCCAGAGCUGCAUUUGACCGCGGUGCGACUCACCCACGACAAGACCGACGCGGACUACCUUCAUGUGGCGCGCGACGACAAGAACAAUGUCUUUGGAAUCGGCUUCAAGACCAAUCCUCCAGAUGCCACUGGGGUUCCACAUAUUUUGGAGCACACCACCCUUUGUGGUAGUGAAAAGUAUCCAAUCCGAGAUCCGUUCUUUAAGAUGCUUCCGCGCUCUCUUUCGAACUUCAUGAAUGCCUUCACCUCCUCGGACCACACCACAUACCCCUUUGCGACAACCAACCAGCAGGAUUUUCAAAACCUCUUGUCCGUCUACCUCGAUGCCACGCUACACCCCCUCCUCAAGGAAGAGGAUUUCAGACAGGAAGGAUGGCGACUAGGUCCCGAGGACCCGCGUGCCUUGCAGGCAGCGUCAGGAGAGAAGCCGCAACUGGAGGACAUCGUGUUCAAGGGAGUGGUGUACAACGAGAUGAAAGGCCAGAUGUCGGACGCAAACUAUCUCUACUACAUCCGCUUCAAGGAAAGCAUCUUCCCAGCGAUGAACAACUCAGGUGGGGACCCGGAGUAUAUCACGGACCUCACUCACAAACAGCUGUCGGAAUUCUCGAAGCGCAACUACAACCCGAGCAACGCCAAGAUCCUGACAUACGGAGACAUGCCUUUGGAUGGCCAUCUCAAGCAGAUUGGAGCUGUCUUGGAUGGAUUCGAGAAAGGACAGGCCGACAAAGCUGUCAAAUUGCCGCUGGAUCUCAGCCACGGGUCUCUGAAUAUCACCGUUCCUGGACCUAUCGAUACAUUCGCUAGUGAAGACAAACAGUACAAGACUUCCACUUCAUGGUACAUGGGUGACUCGACCGAUAUCGUGGAGACAUUUUCCGUUGGCAUCAUCUCCUCGCUUCUGCUUGAUGGAUAUGGCUCGCCCAUGUAUCGGGCGCUUAUUGAAAGUGGACUUGGCUCUUCCUUCACCCCUAACACCGGCCUGGAUCCCUCCGGCAAGGUCCCCAUCUUCUCUGCUGGUGUCACAGGAGUUGGUGAGGCGGAAGCCGCCACCGUCAAAGAGACGAUCCAGAACGUCUUCCGCGAGUCUGUGUCGGCUGGAUUCAGUGAGGAGAAGGUGCGCGGCUUCCUCCAUCAGCUGGAAUUGGCAUUGCGACACAAAACAGCAAACUUUGGAAUAGGGGUGAUGGAGAAGACCAUUUCCUCCUGGUUCAACGGUACCAACCCGAUGAAAGAGCUGGCUUGGAACGACGUCAUUGAGGAAUUCAAGGAGCGAUACGCACAACCCGGAUAUCUCGAGUCUCUUGUGCAGAAAUACCUCAUCAACGAUCAGUGUGUGACAUUUACCAUGGUUGGCUCACCCACCUUCAACAAGGAGUUGGACGAGAAGGAGGCAGUGAGAAAGGAGACGAAGCUUGCCCAGCUUAUUGAAGAGCAUGGCUCGGUCGAAAAUGCUCUCACUAAGCUUGGUGAAGAGGAGCUGAAGCUGCUCAAGAUCCAGGAAGACGCCCACAACGCAGACUUGAGCUGUCUCCCGUCUCUGCGAGUCAAGGAUAUAUCAAGGGAAAAAGAGCGCAAGCCGGUUCGCGAGUCCCGUGUCGACGAUAUCGAUGUGGUCUGGCGCGAGGCCCCCACCAACGGCCUGACUUACUUCCAGGCCUUGAAUGCCUUUGAAGAUUUGCCCGAUGACUUGCGGUUGUUGAUGCCCUUAUUUAACGACUGCGUUAUGCGACUGGGUACGGCCAACAGGUCUAUGGAGCAGUGGGAGGACUUGAUCAAAUUGAAGACCGGAGGAAUCUCAACUUCGUCCUUCCUCGUUUCAUCCCCGACUCAGCUCGACAAGUUCAAUGAAGGCAUGCAGUUUUCUGGGUACGCCUUGGACAAGAAUAUUCCCGAGAUGCUGGAAAUGAUUUCGACCUUGAUGACUGAGACCGACUUCACGAGCCCUGCGGCGCCGGCCUUGAUCCAGGAACUCCUGCGCCUUGCUACCAACGGUGCGCUAGAUGCCGUUGCUGGCACUGGUCACAGAUAUGCGGUGAAUGCAGCGGCUGCCAGUCUCUCGCGGAGUUUCUGGGUGCAGGAACAGCAGUCUGGGUUGGAGCAGUUGCAGGCGACAGCGAACCUGCUUCGUGAUGCCGAGUCAUCCCCUGAACGUCUCCAGGAGCUGAUCGAGAAACUCCGUCUGAUCCAGUCGUUUGCUAUCAGCAAGACCCCAAGCUUCCGUGUCCGCAUGGUCUGCGAAGCGGAGAGCGCUUCUCGCAACGAGUCAGUUCUGCAGAAGUGGAUUGGCAAGCUGCCUCAGAUCCGCCCCCCGAGUUUUACCGCAACCAACUUGAGCUUCAAGUCAGCCGACAAGGCUUUCUAUGAUCUCCCUUAUAAGGUCUAUUACUCUGGCCUGGCCACGCAAACAGUACCAUUUGUCGAUCCGUCCAGCGCACCCCUCAGCGUCCUUUCGCAACUCCUCACUCACAACUAUCUUCACCCCGAAAUUCGCGAAAAGGGUGGCGCGUACGGUGCCGGCGCCAGCAACGGUCCUAUCAAGGGUAUCUUCACUUUUAUGAGCUACCGUGAUCCCAACCCUCUCAACACCCUGAAGGUUUUCCAAAAUAGUGGAAUCUUCGCCCGGGACCGUGCCUGGUCCGAUCGGGAGAUCGAAGAAGCCAAACUUGGCAUCUUCCAGGGUCUCGAUGCGCCUAUGAGCGUGGAUGAAGAGGGCAGUCGCUACUUCAUGAGCGGUGUCACUCAUGAAAUGGACCAGCGCUGGAGAGAGCAGGUCUUGGAUGUCACGGCCAAAGACGUGAACCAGGCAGCCGACCGAUUCUUGGUCAAUGGCUCUCGACAAGCCACCUGCGUGCUGGGUGAGAAGAAGGACUGGGCGGGUUCCGAAUGGGAGGUGCGCAAGCUGUCCAUGGAUCUCCAGAACAAUGCUGCCGCAUCUUCAUAG